UUUCUUCUUCUUCUGUCUGCAGUUUUUCGUGCUUUGCCACAGUUUGCUGCAGCUGGCGCAGCUGUUGGUGUCAGGCUACAUGAAGAGCUCCAUCUCCACCAUCGAGAGACGAUACGGCCUCUCCAGCCAGAAGUCGGGCCUCUUGGCUUCCUUUAACGAGGUGGGGAACACGGUCCUCAUCGUGUUUGUGAGUUUCCUCGGCAGUCGUGUCCACCGGCCGCGGUUCAUUGGAUGCGGCGCUCUGCUGGCCUGUCUGGCCUCGCUGCUGAUGGCGCUGCCGCACUUCCUGGGAGGACAGUACGAAUACACCGACCGCAUCAUCUCCAGCAGUGAUAACAGCUCUGGCCUCUGCCAAUCAGAGAGCAGCAGCACCGGUCAGAGCUGCAGCCAGCAGGAAAGCCCCGGCUCACAGAACGUUUACCCGCUGCUGCUGAUGGGUCAGCUGCUGCUGGGCAUCGGAGCCGUGCCCAUCCAACCCUUCGGCAUCUCCUACAUCGAUGAUUACGCCAGCAGGAAGAACUCGCCGCUCUACCUCGGAAUCCUCCUCGCUGCGACCUCCAUCGGCCCGGCUUUAGGCUUCAUCACCGGCGCCUGCUUGCAGCGCUUCUACGUCGACUUUAACAUCUUACCUAAAGAUAAGAUCGAGUUGGACCAUAAGGACCUGCGCUGGGUCGGAGCUUGGUGGCUCGGCUUCCUCGUGGCAUCCUGCCUGCUCUUCCUCACCGCGCUGCCUUACCUCUUCUUCCCCAGGGAUAUGCCCAAAGAGGAUGCUGCAGACGAAGUGGAGGCCAAACCGGACUGUAAGCAGCAGACAGACGCAUCAGAGCAACUCUCUCUGCUUCAGUUCCUCAAAAGUUUUCCUCGCAUCGCUCUGCGGACGCUGCGGAGUCCCAUCUACCUGCUGGUGGUUCUGGCACAGGUGAACCUGGCAGCGCUGCUGUCCGGCCUCGCCACCUUUAUGGCCAAGUUCAUCGAGAGGCAGUUCAGCCAGAGUAUCUCCUUUUCCACCAUGAUGAUCGGAGCCGUUAGCAUCCCGCUGGCAGUGCUGGGCACCGUCCUCGGGGGAGCUCUGAUGCGGAGGUUGAAUCUUUCGGUCAACGGUGCCAGCAAGUUGUGCACCAUCGCCAUCCUGCUCUGCAUGAUGUCCGCCCUGCCGCUGCUGUUCAUUGGCUGCCCCACCCAGAAAGUCGCUGGCGUCUUUCCUCCCGGCUUUAAUGUGUCGUGCAGCACUGCCUGUCGGUGUUCUAAGGAGGCAUUUAAUCCGGUCUGUGGAUCCGACGGUGUGGAGUUCAGGUCUCCCUGCCACGCUGGAUGUAUCGGCAUGGAAACAGAUGCUAACAACAAAAUAGUGAACUUCACUGAGUGUCGGUGUGUCGGCGGUUUUGGCUUCGCCUCUCCGGGAACCUGCGGUAGCGGCUGCUCCCACCUCCUCCUCCCCUUCAUGAUCAUGUUGGGUCUCACCAGCUUCAUCGCCUCCUUCUCUCAGACGCCGUCAUACAUGAUGAUACUCAGGACGGUGCCGACAGAGGACAAGUCUUUCGCGGUUGGAGUUCAAUACAUGAUGUUCAGAGUGCUCGCAUUCAUGCCCGGCCCCGUGUUGUACGGCAGCGUCAUCGAUGGCACCUGCUUGACGUGGGGCAAGAAGUGCGGCAAAAAUACAUCCUGUCUCUACUACAACCUGGACCGCUUCAGACAGAGGUUUCUGGGUCUGCAGGUGGUCUUCGUGUGCGGGGGUCUGCUCUGCUUCCUGUUGACAAUCCUGUUCCUGUACAGGAGGGGGUGGCGUGAGGACCAAAAAGACGCAGGGAGCAAAGGAGGCUACGAGCUGGUGAACGGGCAGAAAAAAGGGGAGGACAUUUCAGCUAAAGAAAAAGAAGCGAGGGGCAUCAAGACCUGAAGACAUGAAACAAGAGGACGCAGAGAAAGAAAGACGCAGAGAAAGAAAGCAAAGAGAAAGAAAGACACAGAGAAAGAAAGCAAAGAGAAAGAAAGACGCAGAGAGGACGAACGAGGAGAUGAGAGACGAGGACGAAGCAGCUGUGAGACAUCACAGUGUGAUGAGUGUCAGCCGCUAUAAUGAGGCUAAGAAACCUUUUGAUAUCAUAAUUUUUACAUCCAAAUACUCAACACACUCAGUUAACAUUUCCAGGGGGACCAUUGGUGUUUGUAUAUAAGCUGGUCCAUAUAUUGUGACAUAUAAGCUUUUUCUAUAUGAAGCAGUGAGCCUAAACUACAUCCUCCUCCACUUUUAACUGAUGUAUCUGAUGCUUAUGUGUAAUAAGCUACACUUCCUCUAAUUUCCACUAAAUGCUGCUCAAAUGAGUUUGGCUGUAUUGAUGUGAAUGAGAAAUUUUCUCUACAAAUACAGCCAGGAUACUGUGAUCUGUGGAAGCCAUUUUAAUUAUACAAAUUAUUUUCAGCAACACUAACAGCGUAUCUGUAUGGAUGGUGAUGUCGGUUGGUCCAGAUUAACCCUAACCCUAAAAUAUCUCAACAAUUGUAAUAACUUACGUAAAACAUCAUCUAGCAGCAGCAGGUCAAACAUUUAAAGUGUGCAACACCAAACAUCUGCACAACUAAUUACAUUCCCAUCAGCCUCUCAGCUCUACUGUGUGUUCAGUGCCAACCAGCACGUCCAUGUGGGUCCAUAAGGGUUCAAUUUUGGCUGCAAAUAUGGGUCCCAAGUGGGUUUGUCUACAGUUUCCAUGGUGACCCCACCUGUGUUUGCCCAUAUGGACUUCAAGUGGGUUCUGACUGGGUUUCAGGUGGGGACCAACUGGGUGAGACCCAUGUAGGCUCCAUGUUUGCCCAUAUGGGGUCUAAGUGGGUUCAGAAUGGACCUUAAAUUGGGCCCAUUUAGCCCACAUGGGCGUCACAUGAGGGGCCCAUGUUACUGAAACCAUGUGGGACCCGCAAAAUUUGCCUAGUUCAAGCCCAUGCCCACUCAGUACCUACGUAGCCCACAUUUAACCCAUGUGGGGCCCACAUGGACAUGCUGGCAGGGCUGUUACUUAAGAAAUGUAGCACGCUGACUAAGAUGAUGAACAUUAUACCCGUCUAACAUCAGCCUGUUAAUAUGCUGAUGUUAGCAAUUCACUUAAAGCACUGGUGUGUUAGUACAGCAACAAAGAGCUUCUAUUGUGACUGGAGACUCUUCAUGAAGCUGGCUUACUAACAUCUAUUGUGUGUGUAUCAAAGUCGGAUAUAUCUUAUUCCACUGUUAUUGUCAGCACGGUGACUCAGUGGUUAGCACUGUUGCCUCACAGGUAGAAGGUCUUGGGACCUUUUCUAUGUGGAGUUUGAAUGUUUUCCCCCGUGCUUGGUUUCCUCCCAUUGUCAAAAAACGUGUGAUAGAUUCGUUCUCCUGUUAGUGACGAAGGCACUCACAUAAGUCCUGUUUCCAUAAAGGAAGUUCCGGGUAAAAUGUAGGAGUCGGGAACUUUACAGUAACGUCCUCUCUGCUGUUGUGUCUCCAUUGCAGAGUAGAACCUUGAUAGGACCUGCUGGACUCCGGAAGCGACCUAAUCAUUCUGCAACAGUUUAUUGGCGCUUAUUUUGCUGCUUUCUGUUGACGUCACAUCCCGCUUUGGGUAUACCCAAUCAGCACCGAGUAAACCGCAAGCCCCACCCAGGAGUUUUCUGGGGCUGCACGGAGUACAUACCCCCGGGGCAGGGACUCAUUUUGCCCCUGUAAAAGUUCCAGGAGCUUGUCGUUCAUGGGCGGUUCCUGCUAUGGAGACACAUGACAACUAUCACAGCCCUGUAAAGUUACCCUGAAGUUCCUGCAGUAGAAACGACCCUAUAGAUCUGAGUUGGUCCCUGAGCGCUGCACAGUGACUGCCCACUGCUCCUAGUACUUAGGAUGGGUUAAAUGCAGAUGUUAGGGGUCAGUUAUUUCAAGACUGUUUAUUUUUUAUUAUUGUUGGUAUUGUGAUUUAGAGACCCCCUUUGGUUCAUUUAUGAGUUGAGCGCUAUUUGAGUUCCGCCACCAGGUGAUGCUGUUGAGGCAACAAGAGACAAUUUGUUUAAUGCGCUAAGAGAAGAAGGAAAUUGCAGUUCAGAGUUGUUGUUGUUGUUGUUGUAACCAGCAUGAGAGCUUACAUGCUAGUUGCUUUAGCAGCUAAGGACACACAGGUGGACUGUAAAGUUAUUGUUUCCUACUUUAUAUUGUGGAAAAUAAAUAAAAGACACUGUGAGAGACAGUCCGGCUUGUGAAUUCAUCCUGAGCUGCAACACAAGACUGCAUUUCACUGUAGAACUGUAUGUGUGACAGAUAAAGUACUUUUACUUUUGCCCAAAAAUGAUUAAAAACACAUCCCAAACUCUUCAUAAUGAAUAUAAUCUUUAGUAUGAAGAGUUUGGUCACGUUAGUUUGUUAAGAAACGACUCUAAAGACUAAUAACAGUGAUCACAUUUUCAGUCUCUGUAGAGUAGUUCUGUGUAAGGCGGACGCUUCUGAGCAUGUGCAGUAACGUGGGUCUGUUUACAGCUUCGUUAGCUUGCUGUGCUAUAGAUCACAUUGAUAAUGUAGCAGUAACAGAGCCGUGCACGAGCACAUGCUCAGUGGCGUAUUUAAAAACACUGGAUAUAUUUUUGUGAACAUAUAUCAGUGUUUUCUUUCAGGUUUAAGAGCAGAUUGAGUGUGUUGCCUGUUCUGUCAUGUGACUUCUUGUUUACAUACAUUUAAAAUCAAAACAUUUUAUAUUUGAGAUGAAUUUUAUUUUUCUUGGGAACAAAGCAGAUAACGAGAAGACAUAAAAACACAAACAUUCAUCUGAGCCUCCAGUGAACUUUUUUUUUUUAAAUUGAAUUUUGUGAUGUUGUACAUUUGUAAGUAGGUCUUUGCUCUAAAAAAAAAUAAAUAAAUACAAAUAAAAAGCUGCAUUUUGAUUGCAAUGCAUUGAAUGGCUUGUGCAUCAAGCAUGAAUUAUAUCAAAAUGGGGUUUAAUGUCAUUAUUUUGAGGUUUAUUACUUUAAUCAAAUGUAAUCGUGUUGACUUUUUUAAUGUUUUUUGUAAUAUUCUUUUCCAAAAGGCCACUGUGCAGCAUCAAGUGAAUAGUUCAGUAUGUGAACCUCAAAGUCCUAAAACUACCUACUUAAAAAUGUUUGUACUUUGGGGACUUUUUGGGGCUUUGUCUGUCUUAAACCUGUAUGAUUUUUACUGAUUAAAAAUGUAUUUUUC